CCUCUGACGUCCGGAACAGCAUAGACCACUAGAAUUUCAGUUGCAAAGAAGAGAGAUUUUAAAUCUCACUGGACAUAGACUUAGAUUGUUGCCAGAUUGUUCUUAGCCCAGGAAGACUUCGAUAAUCUUUCUUAGUUGUUCCAUUUUAAGUUCUCCAUUCCACAGACAACAAAAAGACCCCGUUAGUUCUAUCAGGUGCCCUUUGGGGUGACAUUGUCUGAGGAGUGGGUGAGCACCUGGAGCCCCCCAAAAACCACCCUUCUAAAAUUGGCCACUGCUCAGUUACACUGACUUCUGCCCAAAGAAGCUGUCUGCAGAGGAAAGCCAUUGAUCGGAGGAUAACUCAAGAUCGGACAGGAUUCUUAACAGUGUGAUUAGAAGAAUUGAUGAUUUCUAGAUAAUGAUGCUAUCCUCAACCAGCAGGCCAUCCAUGGAGUCCACAACAGAUGCCCAGAGCCAUGGGAAUGGGUCUUAUUUGAAUUCACAAUCAACAGAAAUGAUCUUAGCCUUUGUUUCUCUGUUCAUCACCCUGUUGGGAACAGCUGGCAAUGGAUUUGUCAUCUGGUUUCUCCUCUUUCACUUCAAGAAGAAUCCUUUUACUGUUUACAUCCUACACCUUUCAAUUGCUGACUUGACUUUCCUUCUUUGUGCAUUCACUACUAUAAUAGGAAUAAUAAUUAGCUACAAUUUUAGUACUGGACCAUUCAAGAUUGAAGUUUUUCUGAUCAUUUUUUAUGUGCUGGUUCUAUUUGGCUACAACACUGGCUUCUACCUCUUGACAGCCAUCAGUGUAGAGAGGUGUCUUUCAGUCCUUUACCCCAUUUGGUACCAAUGCCAACGCUCCAAGCACCAAUCUGCUAUUGUCUGUACCAUACUGUGGGUAUUCUCUGUUUUUAUGACCUCAUUAGAAGCCUUUAUGUAUGUGUGGGAAAUAGGAUUCUCUGUUAGAAUUUAUAUUGUUUUGCAAAUAGUUGUGCUUAUCUUGAACUUCCUUGUGUUUGCCCCUCUCAUGGUCAUCUCCAGCUUGACCCUCUUCAUCAAGGUCUUCUGUAACCUGAAGCACCGCCAACCAGCCAAGCUUUACAUUAUCAUCAUAACCACAGUCAUUCUGUUCCUUCUCUUUGCCAUGCCUUGUAGAUUCUCAUUGAUGAUGUCUAACCUUAAAGCUAUAAACCAUGAGUCUGUAAGAGUGUUAUUUCCAUAUUUUACUCUAUUAUCCUUUGUCAAUAGUAGCGUUAAUCCAAUUGUCUAUGUGGUGGUUGGUAGACUCAGGGGACAGAGAACUAGGAAGUCUCUGAAAGAUACAUUGCAAAAGGUCUUUGAGGAUAAGUCACACCCAAGAGUGAGAUCAUAGGAUCAUAGAUUCAUUCCAAAUUUAGUGCCCCUCACUGAAAAAAAUCCUACUCUGUAUUAUACUACCAACAAUUUAGAAAAUAUAUUCCCAGCCAUGUUAUGAAAAAAAUGCUGAGGGCAGCUGGGUAGCUUAGUGGAUUGAGAGCCAGACCUAGAGAUGGGAAGGUCCUAGGUUCAAAUCUGGCCUCAGACACUUCCCAGUUGUGUGACUCUGGGCAAGUCACUUGACCCCCGUUGCCUAGCCCUUACCACUCUUCUGCCUUGGAACCAAUACACAGUAUUGACUCCAAGAUGGAAGGUAAGGAUUUAUAAAAUAAGUGAAUAAAAAAGAAAAAAGGAAAGGAAAAAAAUGCUGCCUAUUUAAAUAAACAACAUUUUAAAUUCCCUUUGCAAUUUUUAAAAAAUCCUUACCUUCUGUCUUAGAAUUAAUACUGUGUAUUGAUUCCAAGAGGGUUUUAAAUAUUGUGCAUUGAUUCCAAGAUAGAAGAGCCAUUAAGGGCUAGGUAAUUGGGGUUAAGUGACUUGCCUAGGGUCACACAGAUAGGAAGUGUCUGAAGCCAGAUUUGAACCCAGGACCUCCCAUCUCUAGGUCUGGCUCUCAAUCCACUAAACCUUCUAGCUGCCUCCUCCCUUUAUAUUUUCUAAGGAAGAUACCAUAAACAUAUAUACUGAUGAUGCUAUCUUUAAAGUUCUUAACCCAUUCUGCUUACUUCAGAUCCUAUUCUCCAUACUAAAACUUGAGAAAUAGUUUAAUUAUUUUCAAAAGAUAUGUCCUGGAAACCUUUUUCUUUCUGUCUCUCCUAGCCUUCAUCUCUUUCCUUACUUUAAGUCCCAUGUCACCAAUUGCCACCUAGACAUGUCCAUUUGCAUGUCCCUAAGCAUCUCAAACUUAGCAUUGCCAAAAGCAGAAAUUGUUGUCUUUUCCCUUAAAUUUACAAUAUCCUUUUGCCUUCUGAUUUCUGUGGAUAUCAGCCUUUAAGUCACCCAGGCUCCCAUCCUUAAAGAAUCUUUCCCUCUGCCAGUUUCCUUUUCCUUCUCUUAUAAAAGGCAAUGUGAUUCAGCUGAUAGGAUGCUGGACUUGGAAUUAGGAAGAGAUGGGUUCAAAUACCACCUUAAACACUUAAGAAACCCUGGGUAACUCUCUUAACUUGUCUUAAGCUUCUUCAUCUAUAAAAUAAGGUUGGAUUUAAUGGUCUAUCAGGUCCCUUAAAUUAGAAAUCUCUAAUCUAUGGCCUUAACUCUUCAUUCUUCACUCUUCUCUUACCCUUAAGUAGAAUGUGAUCACCUUGUAACCAUCUUCCCAUUCAGUUAUGUGCCAAAUGUUAUCAAUUUUAUUCCUACAAUGUCUCUUGUAUCUAUCCUGUUCUUUCUACUCUUCCACCAAUGUAGUUCAGACCUUCUUAACUAGACUAUAGCCUCUUAAUUGCUCUUCCUGGGGAAAAUAAUCACACAAUCUUGCUGUUACUGUGUACAAUGUUCUCCUGGUUCUGUUCAUUUCACUUUGCAUCAGUUGAUGUAAGUCUUCAUGUUUUAUUCUGAAAGCAUCCUUUUCAUCCUUUCUUUUUUCCUUUUUUUUCCAACCAACUCACUCAUUUUAGUAUUUUUUAAUUAUAUAUAGAAACAAUUUUUUAACAAUUGAUUUCUAUUCUUUUGCAACCCAAAUUCUCCCUUCCCCUCUCUUUCGUCCCUGCUCCCCAGGCAGCAAGCAAUCUGAUAUAGAUUAUUCCAGUGUUGUCACACAGUACAAAUUUCCCUAUUCCUCAUGUUAUAAAAGAAGACAUGUUACACAUAUAAGAAAAAAACUCAUGAAGGAAAUAAGGCAAGAAAUGGAUUGGCUUGAUCUGCAUUCAUGCUCUAACAGUUCCUCCUAUGGCUAUGGAUAGCACUUUUCAUUAUGAGUCCCUUGGGGUUGUCUUGGCUCCUUGAAUUAGAUAGUUUAGUUCUUCACAGUUGAUCAUUAUACAAUAUUUUCAUUGCUGUGCAUAUUCUCUUGGUUCUGCUCACUUCACUUUGCUCAUUUCACAUAAGUCUUUCCAAAUUUUUCUGAAAUUGUCCCAUUUGUUUCUUACGGUAAAAUAGUAUUCCAUUACAACCACUUACCACAACUUGUUCCGCCAUUCCCCAACUGAUACACAUCCCUUCAGUUUCCAAUUUUUUGCUGUCCCAAAGAGAGCUGCUAUAAUUUUUUUUUACAUGUAGGUCCUUUUCCCUUCUCUAUGAUCUCUUUGGUAUAUAAACCUAGGGUAAAAGGAUAUCCACAAUUUUAGAGCCCUUUGGGCAUAGUUCCAAAUUGCUCUCCAGAAUGGUUGUAUCAGUUCACAAGUCUACCCAAGAACCAAUUAUUGCAACAACAACAACAAAAAGAAUAUAUUAGUGUCCUAAUUUUUCUAUCUCCCCUCCAAUGUCAUUUUCCUUUUCUGACAUAUAAGUCAAUCUGGUAGGUGUGAGGUGGUAUAGAGAUAAAUUUCUUAAACAAACAAGGGUUAGAGGAUAUCAGAAAAGAUAAAAUAGGUAAAUUCAAUUACAUGAUAUGAAAAGGUUUUAUCUAAGCAAAAUCAAUGCCUCUAAGAGAAGAAGGUAAACUAUUCAUUAGAUAGGAGGUGGGAGCAGGGGAAGUACUUCGCACUAAAUAUCAGAUUUCUUACAGACAAAAAAAGAGGGAAUUAAUAAUAGGUAAGAAUAAGAGUCAAUCCCCAUAAAUAAGAGGUGUGAGAAAACAAGCUCAUUGAACAACUAUUAGUGAACCUCUGGUAUUUAUCUACCGAUUGGUGAACAAGGUACUUUCCAGAAUGUUGGUACCAUUCCAGAAAGAAAUUUGGAUUGAUAUAAAAAAGUUAGCUAAACAGGACCCAGUUAUACCAUGGACAGACCUAUACUCCAAAGAGAUUAAAGGAAGGAGAAAAGACUUUAUGAAUGUACAAAAAUAUUUAUAAUAACUCUUUCUUGUGGUAGCAAAAACUGAAAACUUAUGGCAUACCCAUCCAUUUGGGAAUGACUGAACAAACUAUGGUAUGUGAAUGGAAUGGAAUGGAAUGAGACUUCUGGUGCCAAGAUGGCUCAGUGAGGAAGCCAUCCUCCUCAACCCUCCCAAAUUCCCCUCCAAACAGCAAUGAAUGUAAUGGAAUACUGUUGUGUUAUAACAAAUGAGGGAAAAGGUGAUUUCAAAGAGAUAUGGAAAGACCCAUAUGAACUAAGGCAGAGUAAAGUCAGCAGAACCAAGAAAAUAAAUUAUAAAAUAACAACAAUGUUGUAAAAGUAAACAACUCUGAAAGCCAUUAGAUCUCUAAUCAAUCCAAUAAGUAUCCAUGUUCCCAGAGCACUAUUGAGGAACUAUUUACCUUCUAUUUCUUUUUACCUACUAAUGAUGAACUAUUUACCACCUGUCAGAGAAUCGAUGGCCUCAACAUGCAAAAUGAGAUAUGUUCUCUGGACAUAGACAAGAAAGGAAUUUGUCUGACUAUGCCUGAUUAUGAACACUUAUUGCAAGGAUUUGGUUUUUUGGAGGGUUUUUUUUUUUUUACAAUUUGGAAGGUACUCUCUGUCACCAAACUCUCUCUUAGAAAUCAUUUUUUCCCUCAAAUAAUUAUGUUGUAUCCAGCAGAUUUAUUAUAUUUAAUUUACUAUUUCACUUUUUCAAGUUCCAAUUAGCUGCCCUUGUAGCAAUCUCACAACCUUAUCUAUUGUUCCAAUGCUUAUUUAAGAGAGGCAAUACCCCCUUCACUUUGAAUAGAAGAGAACCAAGGAAAAGACUAGGACUAUGUACUAAUUAUUGAUUAAUGGUUAAGAGUUUUAGUAAUUGCUGUAACCAAUUUCUAUGGCUUAGGUUGAAAUGUGUUUUGUAUAGGCUUUGGUAGAAGAGCUUGUAAGACUUGACUAUGUAACUGGUCUCACCUCUUGAAAGAGAUUAAAAUGAUAGAUGGAAGAUGAUUCAACCUGACCGGGAGGUGUUUUCCCUAGCACAGAAUUUUUCUAGUAAGGGGAGGGGGUGUGGAAUCUGUCACAGGACUUUCCAGAAGAUGUGACUAACCCUGUGUUUUCCCCAUUACUAUGAAUUCUAGAGACUCUUCUUGCAACUUAGCAAAAUGGAAGUUCACUCUUCUAAUAGAGAUCCAUCACAAUCUUAGUUUAGUUUACAUCACUGGACUGUAUGUAACCACCAAACUGUUUAAAAAGCUCCUCUGCUUAUAAGGUAGAUCUUUUGUCACUGAGGAGCCACUGACCUCCAUUAUGGAUAACCUUGCUAAUAAAGAGAUUAUGGUUGGACUUUUGUGCCUCAGUUUCUCUUCACCACAGAUUUUUGUCACAACAGAACCAAGAGCCACAAGGCCUUACAGGGAAGAAGUCCCUUUCCCCUCACUGAAUUUUCAGAUUCAGUAAGAUAUCCCAAGAGUGAUCAAGGCAAAAAAGGAUAAAGCUUCAGUUGACAGACCUCCUGAAAGCUUCUACGGCCAAUUAAAGGAUCAUCAUUCCAAUUUGGGAUCCACCAAUUAGAAUGUGUAACAUAAUGUCCACAUAUGCUCUACCAUCUCUCAAAGGAACCUCCCUUAUAUGUCACCAUGAUUCUCCCAGAAGCAAACUCUCUCACAACUUAGUGUGGGGAGACACCCAGUAUGUGCCAGGCCCCCAUUACAUGGGCACUAGUAAGUCACAGUCAAACUUAGGAACACCUUCUUUUCCAAAAGUUCAUUUGUAGAGAAACCAUGUGAUACAGUGAAAAGGGCACUGGAUUUGGUUUCAAAAGACCUGAUCGGGAAUCUGGGCUCUGUAAAUUACUCCCUCUGUGGCUCUGGGCAAAUUGUUUAAAUUCUCUGGGUCCCAAGUUCACUCAUCUGUCAAAUGAGGGCAUUGAACUAGAUGGCCUCUGGAUCCUUUCCAACUCUAACAUUCUAUGAUCUGAUGAAGUCAGUUAUUUGGAACUCAGAAAACAUUGUCCCAAAGGAAAAAUGCUCUACAAGGUAGUUAGUUUCCCAGGCCAGCCCAAAGAAGCCUAUUUAAUCCAUAAAAUAGUUGAACAUGGAAAUUAAUCACCAUUUACAACUCAGUCCCAAUGGGAAAAUGCAUUCAAAAAUUAUAACUCUGAAUGCUCAAAAUGUACUUUUCCUGGGCCCCCUCCUCAAGAAUAGAAUCUAAUAUUUAUUCCUGGCUUACUGAUAGAUUAUGGAAAUGGAGUCAAAGUUCCAGUCCCUCUAUGGAACAAGGGCUAUAACACAGGAAGAAAUUGAAAGGGCCUUGAGAAUCAGUGGGUUUCCAAGAAAAAUCUCAGGGCGAGGGAUUUAGGUGAAGUCUCUGGCACUGAGGUUGUAGGGUAUGGUGGAUGUGGAGUUGGGAGGUCAUUAGAAGUGAGAAACAAAGAGGUAGGGUUGGGGAAAAGAGUACUGAACAUGCUUCUGCCACCAAACACUUUGGGGUUUCCUUUCUCUUGUUUCUCCUAUUGGGCUCUAAAAAAGUCCCACCUAAUAAUCACAUAAUCAAUAAGCCUGAGGAAUGAUUUCUUUAUAUUACAGACACCAACCCAGUUUCCCUCCAAUCUCUUUUAGAUCACUUAGUUUCUUUAAAUGCAUAUCCAUCCCAUUUCCAUAUCCAUCUAUCCCAUUUCUUCCUUCUUCCCCAGACCACCCCUGUUUCUACUAGGGCAGAUUCCAUUCCCAGCCACUUGACUCAAGUGGUUGUGGUGAAAAGACCUUUCCAAGAUGGUGACCAUAACCAAUAUAUUCCUUAAGGCAUAACAGAAAUAGAAAGAGGAAAAUGUUUCUUUGGCUGCUGUUGUAUUUAAUAGUAGUGCUAAAUUAGACUGUGUAAGCAGGUAACCCAGGAUAAGUAAGUCGAUAUGUGUAGAUAUGAUGCCGAUACAUAUAUUCUGUUAAGAAUUUAUAAUCCAAGUGUUGAAUGAUUGUCAAAGUCGAGAAAUGAAUGAACUUUGAUUCUGCUGACUUGCCAAAGUCCUCUUAUCCUAUCCACUAAAUGCCAGGCACCAGGAAUUAAAAAACAAUCUCUAUCCUCAAACUUACAAUCUAAUAAGGGAGAUGAGGAACACAAAGUACUACCCCAGCAUUGGAGGGGGGGGGGAACAAAUUUAAGGA